UUUUUUUUUUUUGUCAAUAUUUUUGGAAUACACAUUUAGAAUAUUUUCUAAAUACAAAUUCGGAUAUUGUUUUUUAGUGGAAUUAUUAUAAAUAUAUUUAAGACCAAAAAUAGUUCAAUAAAAAUUUUAUAAAGAAAUACAUAAAAUAAAUAUAUUAUACAACUAGAAUUUUAAAUAAAAUCAGCAAAACUGUGUAAAUAAACAACAUAAAUAUUAUAAUUAAUUAACAACGUAAUACUUUUACAAAUUCUUAAAAACUUUAAUUAAAAUUUUAAAGUAUCUAAAUGAAAAUAAAAUUAUUUUUAUUUGCCAAUACGAAAAUCAAAUAUUAUCCAUAUUCGGAAGUAUUGCAUGUCUCUUAAUUGACAGGUGACCACCGACCGGUUACUAAGUAUUUUCUCAUUAACAGUUAAACGAGAUGACUCCAAAAGAAGACAGCGUUAAUGGUGAAACACUUCUUUUGGAUUUAAACGAUGACUGUCUGCUGGAAAUAUUAAAAUAUUUAAAUAUACACGAAACCUUUACCCUCUUGGGUGGCGUUUGCAAAAGAAUUGAUGAUAUUAUAUACGAAAGACUGGCAUUGAUAAAACAUUUAACUAUUAAUCUUAGAGAUCCUCCGGCAUUCACUAACCAACAACUAGAAAUUAUAGGACGAAAUUUAAAAAGUCUUUACAUUAGUGCUGGUUACUCUUUGUCUUCGCCCUUAACUCUUAAUUACCUACAACCCAUUUGCUGUCAGGAGUCUCUACAAUUCCUGACUUUGCAUUAUGUGCAAUUCGAUGAAAAUUAUCAAAAAUGUUUAAUGAAAGUGGCCGCUCAACUAGAAUUUCUCGAUUUAAGUUAUUGCCAGUUGACAGACGAGUUGCUGCAGCCUAUAUUGGAGAAGUGUUGCAAUCUUAGGGCAUUAACUAUUUUUGGAAAUUAUAAUUUAAGAUGUACAUCAUUGGUGGCAUUAAAAUCAAGGGACUUAAAAGAGCUUAAGGUUGAACAGAAUUCGAAUUGUAAACAUGAAAUAGAGAAAUUUAUUACGAAAAAUCCUGAGGUCACUGUGACGAUAUUUGCUAUUGGUUUUUUGGGUCAUAUUAAUUCGAAAACAUAUCAGGAGUAGAGUAGCAUAAUGACCGUUUAAGUAUGGGAACAUAUUUUGAGGUUAGAUAGUUUGGAAUAUUUUUGGUCUGUUUACUUUCAAGGGAUUUCAACAAUAAAACUAAAUUCCGGUAAUAAAUUAAAAAGAAAUCAAAACCAUUUUUUUUAUUUGUAAAACCCUUUAUUGUGUAAAAUUUGAAAUUAAAAUAUAUGUAUUUAUUUAUUUAUGUA